AUGGCGCCCUCUCAACUCCAAAUUGCUACCUCAUCCCUCCAACGCCUCAUCAAGGAAGAGGCGUCCUAUUACAAAGAACAAGCACAGCAGGAAGCCCGCAUCGCCACACUAGAGAAAAAAUCCCCCGCCGCCGACGAGGCUGAUAAUCAUGAAUACCAGCUAAAGCAGGAGCGCAAAGCAUUGGAAGAAACCAUAGCAGUCAUCCCCACACUUCGAGAGCAAAUCACCAGCGCCAGAGAAAAAUUGGAAAGCUUCUUGGAUUCGGCCACGAAUGACGAGGAACGCAACAAGGCCAUUGAAGUCCUCAAAUCGGCCAAGGAAACGCAGAAGGAUGAUCCUGUGGCUGGACAGGACGUGUCAUGA